UAACACAUAACAUUGGCGCUUCCUCGUAGCCCUCUUGAAGCUCCGAAGUUUAAGUUUAGUUUACGUUUUGACACUUGUCCACAUUUCUUAGCGGGCCUGUGCGACACAGAUAACGUGCUGGCGCAUGACCGCAAAGAGAUAAGUGUAAUUUCUCCCAGGACUGACGUGGAGCCUCUUCAGCAGCGGCGUGAAAGUCUGAGUAUGACAGCCGGUCACUGAACUCACAGCCAGACUACAGAAAAGGAAAUCUGCUAUAAGAAAACAUCAACAUGUCCUCUGAGGAGGAGACUUCUCAUACUUCUUCUUCCUUGUCUCCUCCCUCUGCCUCCUCCUCUUCACCCUUCUCUACCUCCCACUUCAUUGGAAGGAAGGAGGACAUUGUCAAAGCUGGUCGUUUGACCAAACUGGUGAAUGGAUGCAGAGAUGUGCUGCUCGUACACCACCAGGGGCAGCUUUAUGCAAUGGACAUGCGCUGCUAUCAUUCAGGUGGUGCAUUGCAGUAUGGAGACAUUGAGGAGUUCAAUGGGCGGCUGUGCAUCGUGUGCCCAUGGCACAAGUACAAGAUCACGCUUGCAGAGGGGGAAUCACUUUACCAAGCUGUGGAUGAUCCUACAGCCAAACCACUGAGGACUCACUGGCGCUCCAAGGGUGUCAAACAGAGGAUUCAUAAGGUCACUGAGGUCAAUGGGGAUGUGUAUGUAACGCUCAAUGACUCCAGUGAAACCAUUGAGUCAGAUGUCUACCAGACUGAGAAAUACAGGAAGGCCUCAGUCAAAGCUCAGCCGAAAGCUAAACCCAAGACAUAACCUUUGAUGAAGUCAAGGAGCUUUGCUCGUCUUCCACCUAGUCUAUGAUCUUGUAAUGGCACAGAAAGGGUGAUGUUACUACAGAUGUGGAUAAAAUCAGUUAAUACUGGAUGUGAACAGUAAAUGUCGGACAUUAUUACUUUCAGGAACACUUUAUUUUUGAUGCAGACUAUUGAUUAUAUGUUUGUUUUUGGUUAAAAUUUCUGAAUUAUUAUUUUUCACUGAAAUAAUAUAAUCACUGUUUCAUUUUUGCUUCUAAUUUGUAUUUUUACAAUUGUUAUUAUUAUAAUUAUAUUUUUUUAUUGUAUUUAUUUAUUUUUCUUGUAAUUAAACUCACUUAAUGUGGAUCAGUUUUUCCAGAAGAAAAUUGGACAGUGUCAAAAAUAAAGCAGAAAGCAAUGAUUUAAA